CUCCAUGUAGCUUUGAAGCUGCUUCACAAACUCCUGUCUUUCUCUCAUCAGACUCAAGUCAUCACCUGGAAUGGGUUUCAGGUCCCAGGUGUGUCUUAUCAAGAGUUCAUUUGGGACAUUUCUUACCUUCUUAAUGUGCUUUAAACCAUUAGUGAGUCUGAGUACAGAAUUAACACGUAUGAACAGUUAUGGAGUUAUGUGUUUACAGUAGCACUAUUAGUUUCUAGAGUUACAAAAAAAAAUCUCUUCAGCUCCUUCUUCAUCCAUCUAUAUGUACAGUAUAGAACGUUUCUGAGCCCUUUGGCUUUCCACAUUACAUCUAGCUUCUCUCAUGCACGAGCGCGCAGCAUCUCCUGGCGCGGUUACAGGUAACGGAUGCGCACUCAGACGUCUCGCGCCUCUGUAAAGCUCUCAUGGCGCGCGCUGGUCACGGGGUGAAAAAGCCCGCCGUUUUUCGUGACCUGAGGUAACGCCAUUUUCCCGCCACUUGCACCUCAUGCUGCUGAGGGAGUGAACCGAACCCCGCGGAUCUGCUGCUGAUUUUCCACUGUCUCACUCUGCAGCAGGAACCUGGAGCUUUUCUCCGCCAUGUCCGGGAUCUGAGGAGUAACAAAUGUGAAUCACCAAUAUGGAGUUCUCAAAUAACCGAAAACGGUCUCAAGGUGAUACAAAUCCUAUAUCUGGGACAUGUAAAGGUCAGUCUGCUGGAGGACAUGGCUCUCUCAGCACCUCGGAUUACAUAUCUAUGAAUGAAAUCAAUCCAAACGUAUCCUCAGAGAACUUACUGUCUCCAAACACCUUGGACACGUUUUCUCCAGAGAUCAGUCCCAGUUUCUCAGAUGGGUGUACUCAAGACUUAAGCUGUGAUUAUGUGAGAAAGAGCAGAACCUACGACUGUGUGAUGGAUAGUAGCCCAGAGAGUCUGAUCAGUCCAGUAAAUAGAGAGCAAGCGUGGACACCAGAAAUGUGUCAUCACUCCAGGCUGGUGAACAGUGCUAGCUUUCCUAGUUUUGGUACAACUCAUGGGUUGUUACGUGAAUAUCAGGAUCCUUCAGCCAACAACCGGGAAAUUAUUGAUUACCGCAAUCUGACACCUCAAGUGCCGUUCGUGCCUUCCAUCGCCAAGUCCAUUCCAAAGAAAAGGAUCUUUCUACGGAAGCCCAAAAAGGCCAUCAAAGACCUUUUCGUUCACAAAAAGCCGAAUAGAGAGAAAGCAAUGACACCAUGUACACCAAGUCGUGAAUAUGGACAGACAACAAAACAGACAAGGAGAUCCUCAAGAUGCCGUGAAUCCAGAGCCUGUCGCAAAACGCACGAUACGUUUUCUGACUCCUCGAGCGAUGACUGCGCUAACGUAUGCGAGGAUGCCGUGUCACUGAAAAGCUUUGGCUCUCAAGCUGGGUGUGGAGAGAUAUUCGCAGAUGAGGAAUAUCUGGUCUCUCUAGAAGGAAUGCCUAAACGUAAAACAGGCCGAGGUACCAGCGAAACUCUGAAGCAAAGUCCUGCUGCUUUCCAGGGAGGCAUGGAGCAGCUCGCAUCACCUGCUCACCCUGAAGUCUUGGAUUUGUUUGGAAUGUGGGAGGCAAUCAAUAGAACCGUUCUUUUGAGUCAAAGUUCAAGCCAAGAAUCGAAUAAAACCUCGACACCAAUUUCUAUUUCUUCUUCUUCGAAUGAGAUUGCGUAUGACGUUGAGAAUGUUCUGAACAAAAAUAUGACCGAACAAGAAAAUAAUCUGAGUCAUACACUGACACUGAAAAGUGAGAACCAAGAAAGUACCAGCGAUGAGGGUUACUGUGAUUGUCUUUCUACUGAAGAUCACACUGGACAAUCUCUAACGCCAAUUUUUACCAGAAAAAUCCCCAGAGACACCUACAGUGGAGAUGCUCUCUAUGAGUUAUUUUAUGACCCCAGUGAGGCUGAAAUGACCCCCAUUUUUGAUGACGAGCUGGAUCUACCGAGCAGCAUCGUCGAGCUGCCGAGUCCAGACCUCCCGUUAUCCAUGUACAGCUUCCAUAUUGGAUCAGAAGAAAACCUGGCACCUCCUCUAUCAGUAGACCUGAUUAGCCAGGACUUUCUGCAGAGUAACUGGGUUGGGAAGGACUGCUUACUGAAGCUCUGUGAUACAGAAAUUUCCCUGGCUAUGGGUAUCGUCAACUGGAUGAAACACAGGACACUCAAUAGUAAGAAAGCAGAGUUGGGAAGCCCAGGGAUCAGCACUGGCACUAAUGGAGAUGUCUGCCAAGAAGAAAUGUUUCAAACAACGGAUCUUACUAAUGUUCUAAGUAAAACAGGUGUGAGGGCUUCUUGUAGUAGAGACAACAUAGCUGACCUUAAAUUGAGCAAGCCAUGUCAAGUAGAUGGCCAUUUCUCAGUAGACACAGUACAACAUCAAGCUGGAGUCGUAACAACACCAGAGAGCCAACCCAGAACCCCAACAAGUCAUGUGUGCUUCCGGAUAUUCAAUAUCAAUUCACCAUCAACACCCAGCAAGGACUGGGAAUCUCCCGCUGGAUGUUCUCCUGGCUCGGGAACAAGUUCCUUGUUUGUGCUUGCCAUUAACAAAGAAUCUCUUUGUGGAUCUUGUAAGGCGUCCCUAAAACACGGGGCCAAAGAGUUGCACCUGUGCCAUUCGUGUACCUCCUUCAUCGAGCAAAUAAAGACAUCAAAGCUGUGGCCUCCUGCAAAUCUUUACCAAGCUAGGUUUGCAGGAAGUCCUCAAGCAUCGCUUCCUUCUCCGAGCAGCAGUUGCGGUAUAGCAAGUGACAUUAGUAUUCUUUCGCUAGUUGAGCAGUGUGCUAAUCAAAUGUCUUCACUGAAGCUUAAUCAGUAUCAUCAUCCUUCUGAUCAGGAAACCAGACCCGUCGCAAAUCAAUCAAGCGAUACCUAUCAGAGGAAAGAUCAUACCAGGAAGUGUGUCAAGUCCAAGCCCAAGAAGAAAAGCAAUGUCACACGAAAAGUGAGUGACAAAACACACGUGAAAAGCAGUUUCAGCCAUGUUGAGUGUAGACCGUCUCUCAUGGAGUUGGAGGAGCUCACAAAUAACGGAUCCCAAAAUGUAGUUCUAGAAACAUACAAGAGACCACGUGACCUACAAACUAAUCCUUUCAUGGACACGGAUACAUCUCAAGCUUCAAGGCCGACUUCACUUCCUCUCACAAGUGCUACUUCCUCUCAUUUCUAUAAAAAAGAGCACCACAACGCCAUCAAGGACAAAACACAUGAAAGGUCACGACGAGACAGAAAACUGCCAGGAUCCAGGGCUGUUUUAUCAGACAGUGUCACCUCAGAGGAGAAGAAGAUGAGACAAAGGUUCAGGACGAAGAAAUAAAGCAGAGACGUCUUCCGUGACUGCAGCUUUUCAUUACACCUGAUUACAGACUGAGAGGAAGCGAUUGAACAGGUGGAGUCAUGUGUGAAUCCUGCAGUCCUCCAGUGCUUUCAGGAGAAAUCUCUCUAUAUAUAGAGUAUAGGACACCAGGAUACAUCAUGACGAGUUCCUCACGGCUCUGGGGACCAAGUGUCUUUGUUCAGGUCCAAAUGUAGUGUUAAUGGACGUGUGUGUGUGUGUGUGUGUGUGUGUGUGUGUGUGUGUGUGUGUGUGUGUGUGUGUGUGUGUGUGUGUGGUUUAGAAGAGUAAUAAUAUACUAGUAUUUGUGCUGAAUCUGUAAUUAGGACAUCAGGAGAACGGACUCAUCUAUUAAUAGCCUUUUGGGUUUCGCUGCUUAACGAAGAGAUUCUUGUACACCAGAUUCACUGUUUACUGACCACAAAACCCUUCAUCCUAAACAUCAUUUACAUCUACAUCAUAAAGUUUUAAUGAUUCAUGGUUGAAGGGUCUCAAGAUUUAUAGUAUUUUUGUUUUUAUUUUAUUAUCACAGUUAUUACAAAUUUUUAUAAACGCAUCUCAGUCAGUGAAGAUUGUUUAAUUACAAUUUUUUCUAAAUAUUCGUAUAAUUUGACAUUUCCUGCCCCUCUGUGUGAAUAUUUUAUGCACAUAUUGUGUAUAUAUAGUGAAUAUUAUUUUUAGUUAAAAGUAUUUUCAGAAUUCUGUAAAACUGUUAAGUCCACUGUAACAGUAUAUAAAUAAUAUAUAUAUAAAUACAAAUAAAUCUGAAUAAAACAUAUAACUGGAUAAAAACGAUAUAAAAUCUGGAUAAAGUGUGAUCUCUUUCUGACCUGUGAUCAGCUCGUCUCAUUAAUCUUUUUAAAAGAUCAGUGCGAGUGAAAUCCAGCAGAUUAAUUCAUUAGUAAUGGCACAUGGACAGAGAAAUGUUUUAUUCUAUCAUCUAUUUAUUAUUUAUAAUAAUACAAAAAUAAUUCUCAUAAAUAAAUGAAGGUGAAUAUGGUGCUCUAAUAAUCACAGACAGAUGAAAGACUUCAGCAUCGUACUCGUACACGUGUAAUAAAUACAUCAGCGUAUUUGUGUUAUUACGGUUAGAAGAUUCUCGAAUGUGCAGGUUUAAAUUAAUGCAAAUCUCACAAUCCUCAUUGGACGAGCUGUAGCUGUAGAAGUGCUGUUGCUAUGGUAACUGGUUUUCCAGAUCUCCUGCGCUUUUUAUAGAGAAAGUGCAGAAAGAUCCAUCAUCUGCUGUGGUAAUGGACAUGCAUUUAAAUCGUCCAGGUCUAUAAUCAUGCUGAUCUGUAAAUCCUCUCAUCAGCCAAUCAGAUCACUGAUUUUAUCAUUCAUCAAUUUCCACGUCCUCACAGUCUCCUCGUCCUGUCUCUCAGUGCUCCUGGCUGGUGAUUUGUCUCAUCUGUUUCUAUCUAUCUAUCUAUCUAUCUAUCUAUCUAUCUAUCUAUCUAUCUAUCUGUCUGUCUGUCUGUCUGUCUGUCUGUCUGUCUGUCUGUCUGUCUGUCUGCAGUGAAAUCUUGUUAAAAAUGAUACAGAUUUGGAGUCAGUCAGAAGGCAGGAUUGUGUCUUUAACACUAGAUGGCGCUGCAGACUUUAUUUAUCACUAAAUGACUAAAACCAAGAGACACCCAUGUUAAUAUUUUCAAUCACUGCGUUUACUGAUGAUAUUCAGUUUAUUUAAAACAGCAAUGAGAAAUACAAUGUUUAUUAAAAGAGUAAUAAAUACUACAGCUGUGUAAAUAAAGAUCUAAUAAAGAGAAUGGGGGGGGAGGGGUUUGCACUACAGAGGACAGGCAGGGUAAAUGAGGGAUAGGGUAAUGAGCAGAUGUAAGAGACACUGGAGCCUCAUUCAGAACAGGAAAGAAAGACUCGCACUGUCUCAACUGUUUAAUCCGGCACAUACACUCCACUGAGGACUGACCCUAACACACUAUUAGCACCUGGUGUGUGUGUGUGUGUGUGUGUUUUGACUCAGAAUGAGAGGAGAGUCAAUGAAUCUAUUUAGCUGUCUAUCUACUGUUUCUCAUGUCUAAUACACUCCUCACUGAUGAUUAGAAGCUUGGAAGAAGAUUCAGGAGGUUCCAGAUCCAGAAGUGUAGAAGAGCGUAGUUUUCACUAGUAUUUUGGUUACUGGGAUACAGGAAACACACAUACACACACACACACACACACCCUUAAUCAAUCUACUGGCAUAGAGGAAACCACAGAUACCCAUUGUGCAGUUUAACGUGAUUUGACUGUGUCACGUUUAUGACGGUUAUUCUCACGUGUCGAGUUUAAAACUUAAGUUGUUUGUUACAUUAUCAAAUUUUUGCUCUUGUUUUUCUCCACAGAUUCUCGUCUCUCACUCAGAGCAGCUAUGAGGCAGCUAAUAUCAUCUCUCCAUCAUAACCCACACAAACGUGUGUGUGUGUGUGUGUGUGUGUGUGUGUUAUAACAUUUUCUUUCAAAAAUAUCUUUAUAAAAUUAAUCUAUUUUUUUUUAUUAUUUACCUCGUUCGAAUUGCAUCACAGAUUUUUAUUUAUUUAUUUUUCUUUUCUCAUUUAUUAUAUUUAUUUAUUUUCAUAUAAAAAUAUAAAUAAAAGUAUUAUUUAGUUUUUUAAUGUUUGAUCUACUUUACUGUAUUAUACAGUUAUCUUUGUUUUAAAGUUGUAUUUUCUACCUGUUUAAAGAUGUUUAUACGACUGUCUUUUCAACUCUCAGAUUUGUUCUUUUACUUUUUUUUUUUUACUUUUUUUUUUUUUUUCUCUGUGAAACACCACCCUCAUGUUUUUAUUUUAUGCCUCUUUUUAUUUGUUUUAUUUUUUUUUUAAACUUCCUUAAUUCUUUUACAGUGACUGAUUUUAUCAUAUAUUUUGUAUUUAUUUUAAUUUAGUUAUUUGGUUGGUUGUUAUUUUUUCAUUGUAACCUGAAGAAAUGUUACCGAAUUAUUUAUUUAUACACGAAUGAAGAACUUUAAGAACUUUGUGUGUGUGUGUGUGUGUGUGUGUGUGUGUGUGUUGAGAAGACGAGACCUGCAGUGUAAUGAAUGUAAUUGAAAUUAGUAAGAGUGUAAAUUUAAAAUGCAAAUUAAAUAUUUGCUAAUUUCUUAAUAUAAUAAUAAUAAAUAAUAAUGAAUAUUUAUUAAAAAAUAAUUUAAAAUAGAUUUUAAAUUAAAUUACUUUAAUGUGAUUAUUUGAAUUUAAUUAAAGAUAUAAAGUAUUUGUGCUUUGUAGCGUUUUCUCCGUUUCAGAUUUUUGUAAUAAUUUGAUCAUGCUGAUGAUGUAAUUAGCCUGUUAGCCUGUUAGCGGUGCAGUCACAAUUAAAUGUGUGUUUAUCUUUAGAGGUUUUCUCUGUUACACAGCUGGAGUUUAUACUGCACAGGAAAUAAAAUAUAAACCACUGAACGUCACGUUACACAAUAUAAACAGCAAUAACACACAAACUCACGUCAUCUCACACACAUCACAGUGACGCGAUUACGCCUGCAGUGACGUGCUCACACGAGCGGUGAUGUGGUUACGAAAGCGAUGACGUGGUUACAUGAGCAGUGACGUGGUAAUGCGAGCGGUGAGGUGUUACGCGAGUGAUGACGUGGUUACACGAGCGGUGAGGUGUUACGCAAGCGGUGACGUGAUUACGCGAGCGGUGACGUGGUUACGCGAGCGGUGAGGUGUUACGCGAGCGGUGACGUGGUUACGCGAGCGGUGAGGUGGUAACACGAACGGUGAGGUGUUACGCGAGCGGUGACAUGGCCACGUUGGGUGUGAAGUGGUCAUGUGAUCUGUGUUGCCACGUGAACAGUGAAACCAGUGCUGAAGUUUAUAAAGUGAUAUUAAGAAUAAAAGUUUUAUAUAAAUAAAUAAAGUGAAAGGAGUCGUGGCAUGUGAGAUCCUGUAGCUCUGUUACCAUCAAUAGGGACAUUUAGGUUUAUAUCUGAUAUAGAUUUAUAUUUAUUGUGUAAUAAACAUGUUGCAUGAUGUGUUUUAAAUGAUUGUGAUUAUAAAAUCAUUGGGGUACAAGGUGAAUAUUUUGAUUUGACAUGAAAUGAUGAUGAUGAUGAUAAUUACUGUGCAGUAUUUCAGGUUUCAGUAAUAUUGAUGUAAAUCAAAUGAAGUCAUCAAUAAACACCAUUAUAUGUGCA